CGGCGCACGCGUACUGCGGGCGGGCAAGAUGGAGGCGCCGGUUGCCGGUUGCCGAUGGAGGCGCCGGCAAACUCAUCUACACCCCGGGAAGGUUUCCUGCCCCACAGUGAAGUCUGCUGCCCCAUGGAGGACCCUGUGAUCCGCAUACCCCCCUACCACUAUGUCCAUGUGCUGGACCUCAACAGCAAUGUCACCCGUGUGGAGGUUGGGCCCCACACCUACAUCAGGCAGGAUCACGAGAGGGUGGUGUUCGUGCCCAGGUGCAUGGUGAUGGUGCUCCGCUGGCACUACUGCGUGGUGCUCAAUCCCAUGGCGCGGGGCCCCACUGGGGCCGUGGUGAUCAAUGGAGCGGGACAGGCCUGUCUGUGGCAUGCUGACCUCGAUAUCCACCUGGCCCAGGAGCCCUUCCCCCUAUACCCUGGCGAGGAGAUCAAACAGGACAUCACCCCACUGCAGAUGGUGCUGGCUGACACUGCCCUGCGCCUGCGGGCCCUGCUUGACUUCACGGACGAGGACGGGAAGAAGUUCUUGGCAGGAGACGAGUGGCUCUUCGAGGGUCCCAACACCUACAUCCCCCGUAAGGAGGUAGAGGUGGCCGAGACUCUGCAGGCCACUGUCAUUGGGCACAACCAGGCCAUCCACCUGCGAGCACGCAAGGAGUGCCUCGACCGCAACGGCACCCGCCACAUCACAGGUGAGGAGUGGCUGGUGAAGCAGGUGGGUGCCUACCUGCCCGGUGUCUAUGAGGAGGUAGUGGAUGUUGUGGACGCCUACAUCCUUACCCGACAAGCCCUGCACCUGCGGGCAACGUGGACCUUUGAGGAUGAAGAAGGUCGGGUGCGGCGCACGGGGGAGGAGUGGCUGGUGACCCAGGUGGAGAGCAAGGCCUACAUCCCAGAGGUGUUUGAGGAGGUGGUGGCGGAGGUGGCGGUGACAACGCUGGGCCCCCAGCAGUACUGCAUGGUGCUCGACCCCGUGGGGCCCAAUGGGCAGCCCCAGCUGGGCCAGCAGCUUGUUGUCAAGGGGGAGAAGUCCUUCUUUCUGCAGCCGGGCGAAUGGCUCCAGGCCGGCAUCCAGGAUGUCUACGUGCUCUCUGAGGAUGAGGGGCUGCUGCUCCAAGCGCUGCAGACCAUCAAGGACACCAGUGAGGAGGGGAAGGAGGUGACACAGCAGGCAGGUGACCGCUGGCUGGCCUGGGGGCCCCUCGAGUACGUGCCACCGGCUGAGGUGACCGUGCUGGAGCGCCGCUGGGCUGUGGCCCUUGCUGACAACAAGGGCAUCUACGUGCGUGACAUCCGCACUGGCAAGCCACCCAGACACCCCCUUCCAGUGCCCCCAAGCCCUCCAGCGGCUGUCAGAGCCUGGCAGCACCCUGAGGUGGCUCUGGCUGCGGGUGCGGGUGGUGAUGGGCCAGACCUACAUGCUGACGGAGUCCGAGGAGCUGUGGGAGAAGGAGCUGCCCCCUGGGGUGGAGGCGCUGCUGGCCGCAGCCCAUGGAGACAUCCGCGGCACGGACAUUGGGGUCCAGUCUUCCUCCAGCCCGGAUGCUGGGGUCCCCCAACGUGACUGCACCCGCGCCAUCACCUACCAGGUGCCCCACAAUGCUGCCAUGCAGGUCUACGACUACCGGGAGCGGCGGUCCUUGCUCUGCUCUCCCCAGUCACUGCCCCACGGACCCCCCACGACCCCAUGGGCUGGCUGCAGGUGCUGCGCUUGUUAGGAAGGGGUUCAACAAGCAGGUGGGACGGACAGCGCUGGUGACACCUAGGGCACGGCGUGACCAACCAGCAGGCGUGGUGGGCCCUUUUGGUCCAUUUUUCCACUACUUGUUCUUCCCCAAAUCCUCUGGAUUCUUCCUUUGGAUCCUCUGCGAAACAUCUUGCGUGAUGCCAAGACGUUUAUCCCCAGCAUCCCUCGAGGUGUCCCAUGGGUGUGCUGGCCCUAACUCACCAUGACAGGUUUCUACCUGCACCGUGGGGCUGAGGCCCUUCCCAGGACAGGAGCCUGGGUGGGCUGCACCUUCCUUUGGGUUCCUGCUGCUGUGCCCUUGCCUCUGCCCUCCUCUGGGCUUGUGAAGAUGCGUGGGCCCAUGAGUCCUGUGGUGGGACACAAAGAUGCCGUGGGGUAGUUUUUGGGGAAGGGAAGGGUCCUCCACCUGCCGUUCUCCGUUGAGGGUGUGCAGAGGUUUUAUCACACCAGCUGACACCCCCCCGCAACUUCCAGGUGUAACUUCCAGCCUCUCUCCUCCCAGGUACACCUCCCACCAGACCAGGCUGCUCCAAGCCCCGUCCAACCUGGCCUUGAACCCCUCCAGGGAUGGGGCGGCCACAGCUUCUCUGGGCAACCUGGGCCAGGGGCUCACCGCCCUCACAGCAAAGAAUUUCUGCCUGAGAUCUCAUCUAAAUCUCCCCUCUUUCAGUUUAAAACCCUUCCCCCUCGUCCCAUGGUGCCCCUCUCUGAUCCAGAGUCCCUCCCCAGCUUUCCUGGAGCCCCUUUAGGGACAGGAAGAGGCUGGAAGGUCUCCCCGGAGCCUUCUCUUCACCAGACUGAACCCCCCCAGCUCUCUCAGCCUGUCCUCGCAGCAGAGGGGCUCCAGCCCUCCCAGCAUCUCCGGCGCCUCAUCUGGCCCCGCUCCAACAGCUCCAUGUCCUUCUGAUGCUGGUGUCCUGCAGUGGGGUCUCCCCCGAGCAGAGCAGAGGGGCAGAAUCCCCCCCCUCGCCCUGCUGCUCACGCUGCUCUGGAUGCAGCCCAGGAUGCGGGGGGCUUUCCAGGAUACCAGCGCACAGUGCCAGCACAUGGCCAGCUUUUCACCCCCCAGCACCCCCAAGCCCUUCUCCUCAGGGCUGCUCUCCAUCUCUCCCUCCCCAGCCUGUGCUGAGACUGCAGCUUGCCCUGACCCGGGUGCAGGACAGGACCCUGCACUUGGCCUGGUUGAGCCUCAUGAGGUUCACACUGACUUCUUGAGUGUGUCCAGGUCCCUCUGAACGGCAUCCCGCCCCUCUGGCAAAUCACCUGUGCCAUUCAGCCUGGUAUCACCUGCCACAAGACGACGUGUGGCGUCCUCCAGGCAGCCAGCCCUGACCUGCAAGAGAUGCAGGUGGGCAUGGCUGCAUCGCGCUUGGGGUCGGCAUGUGCGUCACCAGGGUUGUCUACAGCACCUAGGUGUAAACUGGACUAUCGGUCAGUCUCCUCAGUGCCCAUGAUUGCAUAUGCCCGUCUAUCUAAAUAGAUGCAAUAACUAUUCAAAUAGGUAAAGAAUCAGCAGACCAUAAAGGGCACUCUUUGAGGCAGAGCUCUGAAGAGACACUGUGAGUCCUUCAAGAGGCCAGGACAAUACGAAUAUGGCAGCCUGGGACAGGCAAGGCUGCCACAGCUUCACAGCCUCAAUGUCCAUCCAGCAGUGAGGCUUAGACGUGUUGUAUGGGGUUCACCUGGGGAGGUCUGGAUGGGGGGCGCUGCAGGGGUGGCCCCGGACAGAAGAGACCAGGGGCUGCCCACACAUCAGGUGGAGCCGGUUCCAGAUGGCUCCAAAACAAACCCCCCACCAGGACCCACAGCCAGGCACAGAGCCAGGAGACCCAGGAAUCCCGGCUACCCCAUUGCCCCCGAGCCACAUGGGACCCCCGCCCCCAUGCAGGCUCUUGCUGCAGCCACCAGCCCUGCCCAGCCAUCUCCCAAGAGGUUUCAGAACUCCUGGGGCUUGGCUCAGGGCUAACGAGCCCUAUGCCAACAGCCAUGAAAUAGCUCCUGAAGACCUUCACAGUGAAGACGCUCCCAUCAAGAGCAAGAACACACUCCUGCAAGCACAAGAAUGUCCCCUUUAAAGGUAAGGGAAGUAGGAGGAGCAAGACACCCCCUUGGCUUAACUGUGAGCUUCUGAGUCUGCUCAAAACCAAAAGAGAAGCGUUCCAGAGAUGGAAAAGUGGACAAAUGCCCAUUGAGAACUACAAGGGUGUUGCCAGGGCGUGCAGAGAUGCAGUUAGAAAAGCAAAAAGCUCAGCUCAAAUUGAAAGUGGCCAGAGAUGUCAAAAACUACAAGAAAGGGUUCUUCGGGUACACGAACAACAAGCUGAAAUGGAAGGAAAAUAUUGUCCCGCUGUUAAACAGCAGAGGUGAAUUAGUCACCAACACUGGAAAGGCAGAGGUUCUCAGCACUUUCACCUUGGUGUGAACUUGGGCCUUGGGAACAACAAUUCGGGUUGAUGCAAACCCAAACCCACCGCCAGUGAAGGAAGAGUUGGUGGGUGAACUGUUACAGGAGCUUGACCCCUGCCAAUGGAUGGGCCCUGACAACAUCCAUCCAAGGGUGUGAAGAGAGCUGGCUGAUGUCGCUGUGAGGCCGCUCUCCAUAAUCCUUGAGAAGUUGUGGAGACUGGGGGACAUCCCAGAAGACUGGAUGAAGGCUAAUGUCUUCUACAGGAAGGGCUUAAAGGAGGAUCCAGGAAGUUAUAGACCAUCAGUCUUACUUCAGUCCCUCAGAAAGUUAUGGAAUGAAUGCUCCUGGGGGUGACCACAAGUCAAAUGAAGCACGUGAUUGGGAAAAGCCACCACAGAUUCACCAAGGGCAAAUCGUGCUUGACAAACCCGAUCACCUUCCACAACAAAGUGACCUGCUCGGUUGAUGUGGCGUGAGCGGUGGACAUUGUCUGCCUGGAUUUCUCCAAGGCUUUCAACACGGUUCCCUGCAGCCUCCUCCCAGAGAAACUGAUGCUUAUGGUGGUGGUCAAUAGUUCCUUCUCGAACUGGCAAUCUGUCACAAGUGAGGUCCCCCAGGGAUCGAUACUGGGGCCAACGCUGUUUAAUAUCUUCAUAAGUGAGCUGGAAGAUGGGAUCAGGUGUACCCUGAUGAAGUUUGCUGAUGAUACCAGAGUGGGGAAGUGGCCACUUGGGAAGGGAGAGCCACCCAGCAGGAAGCCCUGGAUUGGCCGAGAAGAGUGGGUUAACAAGAACCUUAUGAAGUUCAACACGGACAAGUGUAAGGUCUUGCACCAGGGAAAACAUAAUCCAGGAGUGCAGCACAGGCUGGGAUCUACCUGGCUGGCGAGAAGCUCUGUGGACAGGGACUUGGGGGUCCUGGUCCCACUCUACUCAUCACUUGUCAGACCUCACCUGGAACACUGUGUUCAGUUUUGGUCCCCGCUAUACAAAACGGAUGUGGACAGGCUGGAGAGGGUCCAGAGAAGGGCCACCAAGAUAAUCCAAGGACUGGGAAGCCUGGCAUGUGAAGAAAGGCUGAGAGAACCGGGUUUGUUCAGCUUUGAGAAAAGGAGGCUCAGGGGAGACCUUACCACCAUGUUCCAGUAUUUAAAGGGUCGCCACAGAGAAGAUGGAGGCUCCCUUUUUACAAGGAGUCACGUGGAAAAGACAAGGGGUAACGGGUACAAGUUACUCCUGGGGAGAUUCCAACUGGACGCAAGAGGAAAAUUUUUCACUGUGAGAACAAUCAUUCACUGGAAUAAUCUCCCCAGGGAAGCGGGGGAUUCCCCAUCAUUGGAUGCCUCUAAGAUUCAGAUGGACCAUCUUGUCUAGACCGUGCUUUUGCCAAGAAAGGUUGGACCAGAUGAUCCUUGAAGUGCCUUCCAACCUGGGAUUGUAUGACUCUGCGAUAAUUCUGUGAUUCUGUGAAGACACGGGUUCAGUGGAACCCUUCCCAGCAAGGCCAGCAGCAACUGGGGGCACUUCUGGAGAGGUGAAACCACCAUCUAGGAGGAAUGGCGAUGAGCAAAGUCCCACAAGGCUUGGUGCCGCCAUGUGCCCUCGAGUCCUCCUUCACACAACCCUGCUGCUCCUCUGAGUGUUGGGCGGUGGUCAGUGUGCGAAUGGGAUCAAGGAGGGUAAACCAAACUGGCAUCCAAGAGGUUCACCGGCCCCUCAGCACCAUGACACACACCCGCCUUCAGGCCACAAGCCCCAAAACCUCCAGCUGCUGGAGGCAGGGAGAGGCCAGCAGAAGGAAGAACAGUCCUUCUGUGCUUUCCUUGAAGUAUUUUAAAUUCGGUACGGUAAUUUUAUCCUGAAGACGGUUUUUCCGUUCGUGCCACACAGGAAAAAAAAAAUGCCGUGACCAAGCACCGUUCUUCCAAAUGCGAUGAUCUGGAUGUGCCGUCUCCAACACAGAUCCAUGGAAAGGUGACCCAAGGAUGUCCCACGUGAUGCAGCAGGUGUGAACGAGCACACAGACGCACACACAUGAGCGUACGUACACACGCACACACUAAUGAAAUCGAAGGAGACAGCUGCUGUGGUUUUGUUUCGUUGUUGAGCUGUGUAAAGGCUUGAGAAGCCAGCCCUGCGGCUCUCAGUGUCGCAGCCGCUCCGAUCUCCAGUUCCUGGAGCAGUCGCAAAGAAAACAGGAUCACAAAUGGCUGUAGGAAAUGAGAAGCUUCAUGCUACAUAAAUUUUGCAACAAAUUCAUUCAAUUCAGUAGCAAGUGGAGAGACAAUCUGUAGUCUUAUCGGGAAUGUUUUUUAAAGUUUAAUUGGUUAGAGAACUAAUGAUAAGUACCUUAAAGAUCACAAAAGACUGAACUGAAAAUGCCAAGUCAGACCGUGAAAAGACCAACUUUGAAUCCUGUCCAAUUGUGUCUGAUAGAGUGCUCCUCUACAGACCCCCGUGCUCGGCACCUCUGAAGAUGCCAACACAAAAACGCACAGAACUUGGGUCAAAAAACCCGUGAGUGUUACAUCAUGAUACGUGUGGUAUGAUGCGUCACGGGCAUCAAAAGAGACCCUGACGAGAAAAGUUGUGCAUGCAUAUGACUUGGGCUCUUCAGUCACCGCAGAAACCAAGACAUUCACAAAUCUGAUACAGUGUUGGACAAUUUGGGAAAAAAAAAAGAAAAAAAAAUCUGAAUUCUAGCUGUAUGAAUAUUUUAUGAAUACAAAAUACGUAACAGGAGAUUGCAACGCCAAAACAUCUACGCGUAAAACAGCAUCUUCCCUUACAGAUGCAUCUUUGGUUGGCAGGCAUCCUCAGUGGUACGCGCGUUUUGAUUAUAUUUCAGUAUCUCACUGCAUCAUGGUAAAAAAUAAGAUGCUUGGUAAAUUAAUGGAUGCUAAGCUGGACUAUUUACUGCAAGAACUGCCAGUUUUACCCAAAUAAGAGGGGUAUGGCUCCUGCAAUCGGAUCCCCUGGGGGAGAGCGGCAUUUUCCCUGUACUCCUGCUCUCUGGGACACGGGCAGCAGAACGUGGGGAGUUCCACGUGCGGUGCCAGCAUUGCCUACACAACAACGCCUGUCCCCAAAAUACGGUUCUGAGGGGCUGGGGGAAUCAAUCUUUCAGAAGAGAUGCAUUAAAUUGUAGAUCACUAACUGGGGGGGGAAAAAUAAGUGCUUUUUUAUUCAGAAAGCAAUACGUAAAAAUACGCCUCAGAAAAGUUCAUUUUUCGUACUAGGAGUAGAGAUAACCAAGCAAUAAACUUCACCACCAUUCUGUAAAAGCUCCCUGAAGUAGCCCAAGUACGAAAUUAAAUAGAAAAUAAGUCUGCUUUGAAAACCAGCUUGUAUCCAGGCGGUUAAUGCAAACAUCGUGUUGCAAAUCAAACCAGUUUAUUGACCCCAGCAGGGAACUGAGGCAGUGCAAUCAAAAAGGUUUAGGCAAAGAAAAUAAUAAGGUUUUAUUUAAAGACAAGUGAAGGACGCCUCCAUUCUUUUUGAGGGGGUGGAAGGAAAAAAGAGAUGUAGAGAUGCCGCUGCUCAGCCCAAGCACCGCUUACAGCAGGACUCUCGAAGCCCGGCCCCAGCGGAGAGGGCAGGAGGAUGAAAAAAGAGGGGAAAAAAGACCCAGAAAGAGAAGGCAACGCUGCUGCUCUUCAGAACACCAGUGGAGCAUUUACAUGUGGCUUGUGCCACAUUUUUUUCUUCACCUGACACGGCAGGCAGGGACUAUUUUAGCCAGGACGUCACACACUGUCUCCCUCUCCCUCCUUGUGAGUGUAGAUACCGAAAGCUCCCAGUAAAACGCACGGUGCUUGUUAAGAUCUAGACGCUGUCUGAAAUAAAUGUGUGCAUUUGGUUUACAUGGCAAGGUUUUGGUGGCAGGUAGGGGGUGGGGGGCGCAGGGGUGGCUUCUGUGAGAAGACACCAGAAGCCUCUCCCGUGUCCUACAGAGACAGUUCCAGCCAGCUCCAAGGGGGACCCGCUGCUGGCCAAGGCUGAGCCCAUCAGCGAGCUGGUGGCACCUCCAUGGUAAUGUAUUUAAGAAGGGGUAAAAACUGCUGCCCAGGAGCUGGGAGGAGUGAGAAUGUGUGAGAGAAACAACUAAAAAGGCACCAAGGUCCGUGAAGAAUGAGGAGGAGGAGGUCACAGAGCAGAGGUUCCCCUGCAGCCCAUGGUGAAGACCAUGGAGAGGCAGGUUGUCACCCUGCAGCCCAUGGAGGUCCGUGGUAGAGCAGAAAUCCACCUGCAGGCCAUGGAGGUCCGUGGUGGAGCAGAUAUCCACCUGCAGCCCAUGGAGGAUCCCACGCCAGAGCAGGUAGAUGCGCUCCAAGAGGGCUGUGACCCCAUGGGAAGCCCACGCUGGAGCAGGCUCCUGGCAGGACUGGUGGACCCAUGGAGAGGGAGGAGUCCACCAUGGAGCAGGUUUGAUGGCAGGACUUGUGACCCCAUGGGGGGAGCCACGCUGGAGCAGUCUGUUCCUGAAGGACUGUACCCCAUGGAAAAGACCCACGCUGGAGCAGGUCAUGAAGACCUGCAGCCCAUGGGAAGGUCUCACACUGGAGAAGGUCAUGGAGGAAGGUCUCCCAUGGGAGGGACCCCUCGCUGGAGCAGGGAAAGAGCGUGAGGAGGAAGGAGCAGCAGAAAGAACGUGUGACGCACUGACCGCAACCCCCAUUCCCCAUUGAGGAGGAGGUGGAGAAAUGGGGAGUGAAGUUGAGCCUGGGAAGAAGGGAAGGGGAAGAAGAGGGGAAGGUGUUUUAAGACUUGCUCUUAUUUCUCACUAUCCUACUGCUACAAUUAAUUAGCAAUAAAUUAAAUUAGUUCCCUCUGCCUUCCCCACCCAUGGAGUCUGUUUUGCCCACGUCGGUAACUGCCAGUGCUCUGUCUGACCUCUCGAUGUUGAGGGCAGCUGGCAGCCAGCAAAGGUCAGCCCACCACAAUGUGCUUCUACCCACGCUUUAGAGUGCACUGCUCCGUGUAUUAGCACAUAUUACCACCACUAAAACUCUUUCAAUUAAGAAACAAAACAUUUCAACCAGACGUUUUGCCUCUUGAACUUAGCAGCCCUGCAUUAAAAGCCACCCCAAGCUGCCGCCAGCCUUUACCAGGACACAGCACCUUGUGGGCAGUGGUGGGUUGACACCUCCUUGGCUUCGCCACACAAGCCCUACAGAGAUGACAACGGGUGGCAGCUCCUCAGCAGAGCCCUGAGCAGUGCUGCUCCCUCCCAGCCCCCACGGAGGAACCGACUCUCGGGUCAGACAGACCCGGCUUUAAAAAUUCCAGCAUCGGGAACUUCAGUGUCACCGCGGAGCACGGGAUGGGAGACAGCAGUGCUGGUCCCCUGCCGAGUCCCACACCGACACUCCCAGCUGCAGUCAGGCUCCUGAAGCUGGCAGUAGACCUUCUCCGCUUCUCAAACACAACCGAAGACUGAGAACAGCAGAUUAAUUACUGCAAGGUUUCUACAUAUGAAAGCUCAGAAAUAUCAAGAAAUACAUUUAACAAAAUAGUAGAGGCAGGCAAUAGCAAUGUGUUCUGCACCACAAUGACACAAAUGUUUUAACACACGGUGGGAAAACAGCGGGAGAUCGGCGCGGAGGAGUGUUAACAUGCUCGAGUGACUUGCAGCUGAGGUGUCGAAAAACCCCAUACCUCACACUAAUGAUCAUUUAGCCUUGUGCGCUCGCCAAGUAGAACAUCUGUGCUUGGGUACCAUCGGCCUGCGAAGGACUCUGAGGCACCUCAUCGAACCUGCCUGAGGUUCCUGCCCUGCUGCGGGAAAGAUCAAAGCACAGUGGAAAACUGGGCCUGCUUCUGUCCCUGAAAUACAGGGGAGAACAGCAGAUUCCAUCACUCUCUAACAAGGACCGAGCACCACAGUGCCUGUGUUCCCGCUCGCAUGCCUCCGCCUGGGGGCUGCUUCCAAGAUCCCCCAGUUUGCAAGGCAUCAGGAUUAUAUUUACUCUUCGCAUUUCAUCCCUGGUUUUGUAGUUGUUCCUGCGCCCUGCCUGUGGCGGCUGACACACACACACGUUGGGCAACUAUUU